AUGUCUUCUGGCUUUAAAGCUAACGUUUUGGUGAUGUUAUCCACAUAUCGUACCUUGAUUGAAGUAGGUCACAAAUGUUAUUUCAGAUUUGCGCAACCUGGAUAUUGGCAUGAAUCUAUUGAUGCUUCUCGGAAGAUAAUACCAAAACAUGAAGAGACGAAAUUUGAAAUAUAUUGUGGCGUUACUUUUCAGCAACAUUUUUUUUUUCAGCAUACUCCUGUCAGUCCUACUACUACCAUAAAAGAAAUAUGGUGUUUUCCAUUCGUUUUCCGUUUUUCAUCGUUUCACUUUAUCCCAAUUAGUAAACAAUACGUACCGUAUAUUUUGGGUUUCUUAUAA